AUGCCGUCUUUCAUGAAGUUUGCUGCUGCGGCUCUUGCCGUGGCUGCCCCUCUCGUUUCAGCUCAGACUUACUCUGACUGCAACCCAAUGGAGAAAGCAUGCCCUGCUAAUAAGGGUUCCGCUGCCAACUUGCACUUCGACUUCACCAAGGGUGAUUCCCUCGAUCAGUGGAAGAUCAGUGGUGGUAAAGUUCCCACCGGCGCUAAUGGUGCUGAGUUCACUAUCAACAAGGAAGGAGAUGCUCCUACCCUUGUCAGCGACUUCUACUUCUUCUACGGUGAAAUGUCUAUGGAGAUGAAGACUUCUCAUGGCCAAGGAAUUGUCAGCUCUGCCUUCUUGCAAUCAGAUGACAAGGAUGAGAUUGACUGGGAAGCACUGGGUGGAAGGGCUGAUACCAUUAUGACCAACUACUUCGGAAAGGGCGAUACCUCGACCUAUGACCGUGAGACUUGGGUGCCUGUCUCCGCCCCUCAUGAUACUUUCCACACCUACACCAUCCAAUGGAGCAAGGACACUGUCAACUGGUUGAUCGAUGGUGCCAUUGUCCGCACUCUCAACUACAAGGAUGCCCAGGGUGGUGCUCGUUUCCCCCAGACUCCUAUGAACAUCCGUCUUGGUAUCUGGGCCGGUGGUGCUCCUACCAACCCCAAGGGUACCAUUGAGUGGGCUGGUGGUCUUACCGACUACUCCAAGGGCCCCUACUCCAUGUACAUCAAGAGCGUCACUGUUAAGAACGCCAACCCCGCCGAGUCUUACACUUGGUCCGACAAGUCUGGCUCCUCCGACAGCAUCAAGUUCACCGGUUCCGGCUCCGUGAGCUCGCGCAGCACCACCACUGAGGCUGCUACCAGCUCUUCUGAGGCUGCCUCUUCCACCACCAAGUCUCCUUCCACUACGACCGACAAGGAUACUUCUAGCGCUACCACUACUCUGGCUACCAAGACCUCCAGCUCCUCGUCUGCCGAGUCCACCGCCGCUUCUUCCUCCGGUGCUGCCAGUUCUUCCAGCUCUGGUGCCUCCCCCAGUGGCUCCAGCGGCUCUGGCUCUGGUUCCGGUUCCGGUUCCGGCUCUGAAUCUGGCUCUGGCUCUGGAUCUGGCUCCAGCCCCUCCUCGGGUUCUGGCUCUUCCACUAGUGCCAGCGCGAGCGCCAGCCCUAGCUUCAACGCUGCUGCUUCUGUUGUUGCCAGCUACAUGGGACCUGUGUCCCUCCUGGGUCUGGUGACUGCCAUGCUGCAGCUUUAA